AUGGUUGUGGAAAUUGCCAGAAAAAUGAAAGUGUUGCCAGAUCUUGCAAGAGUUAUUGAGAAGGGACAAAGAAGACUGAUACCAGCUGUGAUCAACUGCAGAAAAGCUCUGUUGUAUGAUUGUGGCAUCACAGAUGAAGGUUGUUCUGCUCUGACUUCAGCUCUGAGAUCAAACCCCUCACACCUGAGAGAUCUGGAUCUGUCUUGGAAUAAUAAUCUAGGAGACUCGGGAGUGAAGCGUCUCUGUGCUGUACUGGAGGAUCCUCACUGUAAACUGGAGAAACUGUGGUUGAGAUAUUGUGACGUCACAGAUGAAGGUUGUUCUGCUCUGACUUCAGCUCUGAGAUCAAACCCCUCACAUCUGAGAGAACUGAAUCUGUCUGUGAAUAAUCUAAGAGAUUCGGGAGUGAAGGAGUCUCUGUGCUGGACUGGAGGAUCCUCACUGUAAACUGGAGGAACUGGG